UUACACAAAGGACAGGAAUGGGGGAGUGACUGACAAGGAAUUGCAGAGGAUGAAGACAAGCGCAGUGGCAAGUACACAAAAGGGGGCGGAGUUUAUUACAAGGAAUAGCUCAGAUACGUAGAUCGUCUCAUCAACGACGAACGACAGCGGCAGCGGCCACCUGACCCUUGCAACCGCCGCCGAGGAGACGGUUCGUUUCUCGAACUUCCGACGUCUCCACCCUUUUCCGCUUCUCCCUCCAACUCGGCCUCUUCCUGCAUAUUCAUUCAUUCAUUCAUUCAUUAACACCUCUUUCUUUUCCCACCAACUUUUUACUGGAGCCACACAUGCGUUGGAAAAGGCACUCCCAAGCAACCAAACAACCAUUCCGUCAAAAAGAAGAAAGCAGAAGAGCCAGGAAUGUUGGUGGGCAGGGCUGAGUUGGAAGGCCAUCCUUCCUCCCUCCCCACUUGACCGAAUAUCUCGGGCAGACCUGAGAGAUAUAUAUAUAUGUAUAUAGAGAGAGAGAGAUCAGUAUAGAGCCGCUUUAUGUAGAAAAUAAGCAAAAGGCAGAAGAAGAUGUGUUGUUUUCAGAAAUUGCAAGAGAAAAAACGGAAAGAAAAAAACGCGAUCGCUCUAAGAUUCUGAAAGGACCAAAGCGUGAGCUUCUCUGCUUUUAUUAUGCUGUUCUCUCUCUCUCUCUCUCUUUAACUCACUCCGUCUGGUUUGCGAGUGUGAUCCAUCGCGCGAGCCUGCUGCGCGACCUGCGGGCGCAGCCCUUGCUUUCUUUUCUUCUCAUCGAUCAUCAUAUAGUCUAAGAAAAUAGACGCCGGGAUGUCUCCUUGUCCCACUCUUAGUCCUCCGGUUUGCUGCCACCGGACGACUCUGUGCAGCUUUUGACUCCAUCUCAGCAGACACCAUCUUCCUCUGUCUUCUUCCGUGUCUCUGUCGUCUCAUGUACAUAUAUACAUGUGAGGCGAAGAGGAUGGAGAAAUGGAGUUCAGAAAUGAAAGCAGAAAGGUACCCGAGGAAUACAUCCUUCUCCUCUGCGUUGCUCGACGCCAUCUAUAGGUCCACAGACGACGACGUGGGUGCAAGCCUCUGUGUUUGCCGGAAGACGAUGAACGCCACGACCAUCGCCACCGUCAUGCAUGAUAGGACCAACCGGAACGAAUACAACACGAAGCAAACCCCACGCCUCUUCAAGUGGACGACCGACGGGAAGAAAGCAGCUGAGAAGCAUCCCUCACGCCCCAAUGUCUCCGAGCUCGGCGUCUUUGACGCCACAGGUUGGUACAGGCUGAAUUCUAAGUCCAACGCCUCCCGCGCCAACUCCAGUACCGCUUCUUCAUCAUCCGAGUCGAGCGGCUUCUCCUCCUCUGAGGCCGACUCUGUAUUGUCCCACACAGAGAAGAAACUGGCGGCAAAAGAGAGCCAGUAUGAGCAGAAGAGCCGCCCUCCUCCGGUGAUCAUUCCGCCAAAGAAGCACCACCCUAUCGCCGCCCCUGACUUCUUCGCGAACAAGAAGACUGAAGAACCCGAGAAGAGCCGUGGAGCUCGCGUGUCAAAGCUCUACAACGAACUGAAGAAGGCGAAGCAGCCCAUCUCCCCCGGUAGCCGAAUCGCCGGCUUCCUCAACUCCCUCUUUGCCACCGCCAAGAAGGCCAAACGUUCUUCCGCCACCGCCACCACCACCACCACCACCUUGAACUCGCCGAGCAAGCCGCCCUCCUCCUUGCCCGUUGACACGUUCAAGCGGCCUGCUUCACGCUCGUCGUCGACGGCGCCGACGACCACCAUGACGCCGUCGUCGAGGUCCUGCCUGAGCAAGACGCCGUCGACGAGGGGUGACGGGAUGAAGAGGUCGGUUCGGUUUUUCCCGACGAGCGUUACUGUUAGGGAAAACUCGCGACCCUGCGGCCACAAGUGCCUCUACGAGGAGCUGCUGUCUUCACCGUUGCCAUUGCCGCGCAAGGAUGUGAAAGUGAAGGACCUCAUCGCCGAGUACCAAAUGAAAUCGAGCACGGCCGCCGGUUUCCUGUUCGACCUCUCGCCGAGCUCCAAACCGGCCGAGGACGAAGACUUUGACGCGUCCAGCUGUUCGAGCUCCGAUCUUUUUGAGUUGGAGAAUCUGACGGAGCUGCCCGUCUACGAAACCACCAGUCUUGAGACGAACUGCGCCAUCGCCAAGGGGUUGAUUCUGUAACUAUUGUGGGUAGAACUAAAAAUAACCAUGCUUGCUUAAUUUCUCUUUUUCCAUUUUCUUCUUACUCAAAGCUUUCAACUAGUGCGAAGGGCUCCCUAUGUUUUGGGCGAAAAAAAUUAUUGUUGGUACGCAAUAACUAUCGGUUGAUCUGAGUUUUUCAUCGUAUCGGUGGCUAAGGAAACGGAAUUCCAUGUUCUGAAAACGCCUGUGUCCUCUCUCUCACCCUUCACAUCAAGAUCAGAUGGGAACAGCCGCGACAAGAUCUAACGAUCACAUCCUUGAAAUAUUUUAAGAUCUUGUCUGAUCUAGUGAUCUACUGAAUGACGGCUGGGGUUUAUCCGGCAGUUACUUUUGGCAGAGUUAUGAAAUUUGUCCUCGUUUGGUAUGUAUUCAAACGAAAAAAAUUUGCGUUUCGGUGGCUUCAAAUCAAGUUCAUUAGUGGAAGCGUGACAGUAAUAGACCUGAUUUGACACGGAUAGGCUUCUCAGUUACUUUGUAACGGUACGCCCACCAGUAAAUGCGUGCUGAUUAGGAACAGGAAAUGUCAGCGUUUAUUAGUGCUCUAGAUUGGCUACUUAUUUGCGCUGUAACUCUGUAUUUUCCAGUACUCUAGAUCACUACACGGUCCAUUCGAUGAAUGUG